GGCAAACAAGGUCCUGAGUGGAGGGGCCGCUGCUGGACUGCUUCCCCUGCCGCCGCCAUGAUCCCCCCAGCGGAUUCUCUGCUCAAAUAUGACACUCCAGUGUUGGUGAGCCGGAACACGGAGAAACGGAGCCCCAAGGCUCGGCCACUGAAAGUCAGCCCUCAGCAGCCUGGACCCUCAGGCCCAGUUCCACAACCUCCCAAGGCCAAGCUUGGAGCAACUUCCUGUGUCCCAGAUCCUACCAAGCAGGCAGAAGAAAUCUUGAAUGCCAUUCUUCCACCAAGGGAGUGGGUGGAAGACACGCAGCUAUGGAUCCAGCAGGUGUCCAGCACCCCCAGCACCAGGAUGGACGUGGUGCACCUCCAGGAGCAACUGGACCUGAAGCUGCAGCAGCGACAGGCCAGGGAGACGGGCAUCUGCCCUGUCCGCAGAGAGCUCUACUCGCAGUGCUUUGAUGAGCUGAUCCGGGAGGUCACCAUCAACUGUGCAGAGAGGGGGCUGCUGCUGCUCCGAGUCCGGGAUGAGAUCCGCAUGACCAUUGCUGCCUACCAGACCUUGUAUGAGAGCAGCGUGGCAUUUGGCAUGAGGAAGGCCCUGCAGGCUGAACAGGGGAAGUCAGACAUGGAGAGGAAAAUUACAGAUUUGGAGACGGAGAAGAGAGAUCUGGAGAGGCAAGUGAAUGAGCAGAAGGCGAAAUGUGAGGCCACAGAGAAGCGGGAGAGCGAGAGGAGACAGGUGGAGGAGAAGAAACACAAUGAGGAGAUUCAGUUCCUAAAGCGGACAAAUCAGCAGCUGAAGGCCCAACUGGAAGGCAUUAUUGCACCGAAGAAGUGAUAAUUUCCAUAUGGGUCUCAGCAAAAGCUACUACCCCACCACAGCCCUUUGUAAUUAAAAGCUAGUUUCCUGAGUGAGCAAGCCCUCCCCUCCUGAGAUCAACACCUACGUAUUUGUCAGAAGUCAAGCUAUUGCCCCAGUUUUGUAAAAUCCCUCAGGUCUGGCAGCCAGGCUCCUAGUUGGGCAAUGGAAGGUGGAGAACCUGGGCUCUAGUAUUCAGCUUACAGCCACACUGGGGAUUGUCAACCAAAAUAGUAACUUAGGAGGCAACUGCUUUCCCAUCAGCACUCGUUACCAGGCCUUUCUGGCCAAAGAAACUGCUCCUGUCCCUCAAAUGUUUGGUUCAGUUCACUUUGCACUCUAACUUGGGUUCUCUGGUCUGUCCCUCCACUUUCAUCCUACUCUAUGGCAAGUUUUAGUAACAUUAUCAGGCCUGGGUAUGUCAGCCAGCAAGUCAACAAGAUCCCUCCGCUCUCAUUUUUCUUGCCUAGGUUAGGAAACAGCAGAACCCAGGGCUGUAUAAAAAGCAACUGGUGGAAAUCAAAGUCCCAGAAGUUUUGGGGCCCUGCGCCUCAGCUCUCCCCAAUCAUAAAUGCCACUCGUUCCUUGUUCUGCAAACUAUCAAACCCUCAUCCACACUCCCUAAUUGGCUGUUUAAUAUACCACCUCACAUGCAGUUCUAAUUACAAAUUAUCAGGCUAGCGCCUGCAGACAUCUUUUAUAGACUGAGAGUAAAUGAACAACUUAUAUCUUUAUUCAGGGCAGCGAGCUGGGUGACACCCACCAUUUCAGCAAGUUUUAUCUAAGUAUUGCUGACAGCACUAAGCCAAAGCAUUCCAUGCAGAUGGGAUGCCUCAGAC